UCUAUCUAUCUAUCUAUCUUGUUAGUUAGUUAGUUUGUUAAAUUACUGUUUUAUUGUAUUAUUGUUUUAUUACAAACAUAAUUUAAUAUUUAAAUAUUUAUAUGAAUCUAUCUAAAAAAAUUCUGUGUAUCGACGCUUAGUUAUUUAGUUAAGCUUUAUUUUAGGCACAAAACACAUCAUAACUAAGAAAACAUACAUUUAUUAUUAGUUACAGUAGUUAGUUAGUCGUUAAAUGUUAUUACAGACACAAAGAUCCGAAUCAAAAAGACAAAGAAAAAAUACAAACAACAAAUGUAAUAUUUAAAUAUUUAUAUGAAAAAAUAUAAGAUAAUAUAGUAAAGCUUUAUUUCAGGUACAAAACAUGUCAGAAAAACAACACCCUUACGAAAAUUAACCAUGGUUUUUUUUGUGGUAGGCUACUGUAGUAACCAUUGGUGCAUUGAUUACUAAGGGCAAAACCAUGGUUUUACUACAGUAACCAUCGUUUACUAUGGCUUUUACAAAAAACAUGGUUUUCAAAACCACACUGCGUAAAAAUCCGUAAAAACAGGGCACAAUAAUAUGAAGGAAUUCUCCGUAUUCAUUUUUUACAGUUGUUUUACCUGUAUUUUAUAUUUUGCACUGCAUUAAAUAACAUUUCAGCAUUAACAGAAAUGUCCGUAAAAUAAAUGCAAAAUGUACUGGUAAUUUUCUGCCAGUACUUUAUCUGUUUUUUUACGUGUGCAUGGUUAUUUUGUGAUAACCAUUGUUUUACUACAGUAACCAUGUUUUGUUGGUUUUAACUGUAGGUAAACCAUGUUUUUUCAAUUUUAACUGUAGUAAAACCAUGGUAAAUUUUCGUAAGGGCAUAUAUACAGACAUAUUACAGGUGACGUGUUCAAAAGAAUACUAUAACAUAUUUUACAGCAUUCAAGUAUUUGCUAUUAACCUCACUCGAACAAACAUCAAACAAGACUGCACUUGAACUUUUAAUCAGCAAACUUGAACGCACAAGUGCACUUGUGUAAUGUUUACUACUGUUGCAGUUGUAUCUAGUCUAGCAACAUUUUUCCCAUGACAAUGCUCGCGACGCGCCGUCACAUGUGUUUUUAUCUUAUGGGAGUUUCCGCUUACAUGCGCCAGUUCGACUUCGACUCUCUCUUUCUGCGGAAUCUGUUUACCUCGACACUCUCACGCAACUUAAUACCAGUCAAAAGCACCCAGCCGCGAUUAUUUACCUCAGAGAUAUGGAUGACGACGCUCAGGACAGCGAGUGCCCGGUCUGUUACGAGAAUCUGUCAGACAGUGUCAGGACGCUCAGCUGCGGGCACCGUUUCUGCCAUGACUGCCUCGUACGAACCCUGCUGAAUGCCAACCUGAACAGAUCUAUUCAACGGGACAAUAUCAUCUGUCCGGUCUGUAGACACCUUACAUUCAUCGCGAAGCUCCACGGAUUCACAGCUUCAGUUGCCGAAGCCAAAAACACUGGGAAGACUUUAGAGGUGCCACCUGUGUCCACCACUGUGUUGUCUAGGAACGCUGGGAGGUCACGAGGUUUGGGCUGUAUCUGCGCGUGUCUAAGGAACAUCACAUGCAGACUGUGUAGAAGAAGGCUCAUCUGCCCUAAAGACUCUUCUGUUGUGUUCAUCAUAAGUGAGGCUGGUCGACCCAUGGAAGAGAGUGACGUUAUAGACAUUGGAACAACAUCAGCCACGCAACACAGCUACAGCCGUGGACCCAGAUUUUGCACAGUCUCCUGUUGUCUUCUCAUCUUAAUGAUCACGUUCACCUUACUGGCUUUGGUGGCCGCCACGCUUCCAUGGGUUCUGUUAGCUUGAACAGUGUGGCAUUUUCGCAGAUAUGAUCCAUUGACCUGGGUACACUUCGAAACCAGUCUUGGUUUUUGUGAAAUUACUGGUUUCACAAGUCACAGUAGGCUGAAUAACAGAGGGUUUCUGGUGAGAUCAUUUCCAAGGCUUGUUCUGGCAUGCCUUUGAAUGACUUAGAGGGUGGACAUACGGCUAUACGGAACAUUACAGAAAAUGGCGACAUUCAUAUUGUUGUGUUACACAUAUUGAUUUUGUUUUCAACCAAGGAACUCAAUGUUAUCUGAGCCCAUUGCAACUCAUCUGUCAGAAGACGUAGACCAUUUAAACUUGCGAAGACGAGCUGGUCACCUGGUCGUCACUUGAUCUCCGAGAAACCAUUGUGAGAUUCAGUGACAUCUCACAUGGACGGGGAGUUUGAGAAUGGGGAAGGGUGGCUUUCCAGUGAACCUGUUUUACAGCAUUGCUUGGAAUGAUACACACCCUCUCGCUUCUCCAGAAAGUCUUGUCACACAGGCUGGCAAACGUCUUCGGUUAGUUUCAGCCCUGAAAUGACUGAUAGGCCUCACAUUCUGCUGAACUUAAUAGUCAUACCAGAUUGAGAUGUGCACCAAUGCUUUCUCAAUGUAAACCUAUAGGAAUCUGCUGUGUACAUGUUUAUACAAGAAAUUAUCCCCAUUG